CCUAAUAUCCCUAUUAUGGGAGAUUUAUCGGCAAUGGGCAAAUUUGAAAUUUCUGUCCCCACUUUUAAGCAGCUUCCUCGGUUUGACAGCAGAGGCACUGCGAUCGACUGGGAUACUACAUUUUCAUUCAGUACAACAAUGAGUCGUGGUAGAAAUUGCUUUGUACCUGGCUGUACAAGUGGGAAUCCCAAUAAAAACAAGGCAAAUAAAGAACGGGGUGAAAGAAACCCAAGCCUUUUCAAAGCUCCUAAUGAUCCUAGCUUGCUACAGCAGUGGCAAAAGGCGAUACCCAGAUCAGACAAGACACUUAGCAGCAAAGAUGCUGUUUGUGAACUACAUUUUCUAGAUGAAGAUAUUUUGACUCAUUAUGAGAUCAAAUUAACUGACGGAACUAUCAGUAGAAUUGAGCGGGGUAGACCAUUAUUAAAGGAGGGUUCAAUUCCAAGAAUUUUUCCUAACCUGCCUUCAUAUUUCUCUAGUAAUAAAAGAAAGAGGAAACCACCAUGUGUAAGGAGUGAAGCAACUGAAAAAGUUUUUUUUCUUAGUUAAUAGAAACAAAAGUUGUAAUGUAUUAAUAUUGCUAAAUAAAUAUUUAUAUGAUGAAAUAAGUCAGCGUAUAUACAUAUUCACAACUCUGUAUUUUUGUGCUUUUGAAAUAAACUGAGUACAUUAUUUAUU